AUGUGCAGGAGCUACUUGUGGGAGGCAGGUAACAUGGAUAUUCAUAAGAAUGUUUUCAAAAACAAUUUAAUGCAACACCAUGUAGCACUUCCUUCUGAUGCUAUGGGAAAGAUAAGCUACAUUGGCCCACCUAGACAAUAUUCUUUAAAGGUUGAUAGGAUAUAUCGCAUCAUAGGUGUUGAUCUUACUUGGUUAUCAUAUUCAUGGAUUCUGAUAUUAUGGAUUGCAUUUGGCAGAGGAGGUGGAAGAGGAACAAGAUUAAUGAAAAAAACGAAGGCAUUGCAAAAUAUAAUUCCAUCAAAGUAA